CUCAUUACCGACAAUUGGCUUUCCUGGUCUAAGCAUGUUAACGAAUUGUGUGAGAAGGUAACUUCGGCCAUAGGUGCCCUUAGACGUAUCAGGCCCCUUAUCUCCCAAUCUACUGCGGUACUAGUCUAUAACUCCUUAAUUCAACCUCACUUUGAUUACUGUAGCCUCGUUCGGGAUGGCUUAAGUGAUCAACUGAGUGACAAAUUACAAAAGUUACAGAACCGUGCAGCUAGAGUAAUUUUUAAAGGCCAACUAUGGGACUAGCUCGAGCCUGCUUCUUGAUAUACUCAAAUGGGACAAAUUAGUUAUAAGGAGAAAGAAGCAUAAAGCAAUAAUGAUGUUUAAAUCUCUAAAUGAACAAGCUCCAGUGUACUUGCAGAACCUAUUUCACGAACGAAGCACAGACUAUGAUUUGCGCAAUUCCUUUCAUAAAUUGACGUUGCCCAGGCCGCGUACUAACUACUUGAAACGAAGUUUUAGUUACAGCGGUGCUUUGUUGUGGAACUCUUUACCCGAAAAUGUGAGAGAAAUUAAAUCAGUCAGUAAAUUUAAAGAGCAAAUCAAUCAUCUAUUUGAGUCGUCGGAUUCUCACUCGGCGGCAGUCUUGUAA